CCUUUUUGGGAGCAUAACUUGGCCGGACAGUUGACACUUUUCGAGUUUCGGCUUAAACUGUCAACAUGGCAACAGUUCCCUCGAUCACAGAGUUUUACCAGGACAAAAGUGUGUUCAUCACAGGAGCCACUGGCUUUAUGGGUAAAGCCUUACUGGAGAAACUACUGAGAUCAUGUCCAGGCAUCCGUCGAGUCUACAUCCUCAUCCGACCCAAAAAGGGCAAGGAAGUCAGUCAGAGACUGGAGGAGUUACUCAACUCAAAAAUUUUUGACCACGUCAGUAAAGAGCAGCCAAACUACAGGGACAAAGUGUACCCAGUGACUGGUGACAUUCUCCAUGAUAACCUAGGAGUAUGUGAAUCAGAUGAGAAGUGUCUAAUUCAAGAUGUAUCUCUUGUUUUCCAUUCUGCAGCCACUGUCAAGUUUGACGAACUGAUGAAACUCUCUGUAGAAAUGAAUGUUGUAGGAGUCAGCAGAAUGAUAACUUUCUGUAAGAAACUUCAAAACCUCAAGGCCUUAAUCCAUGUGUCUACUGCCUAUGCCAAUUGUAACCAGCCCAAGAAUAUUGAAGAGAAGAUUUAUGAGCCACCUCUACACCCUCACAAAAUCCUGGAUGCUGUUGAUUGGAUGGACACAGAUAUACUGAACGCUCUGACCCCAAAGAUGAUCGGUGACCGGCCUAACACUUACACCUACACCAAGUCUAUAGCAGAGUACCUGGUCAAAGAGGAGUGUGCUGAUAUCCCUACCGCUAUAUUCCGUCCUUCUAUAGUUGGUGCCACCUGGGAUGACCCUGUGCCUGGCUGGGUUGACAACUACAAUGGGCCAACAGGGCUUCUAGCAGCAAUUGGGUGUGGCUUACUGCGGAUCAUGAAGGGAGAUUUCCAUGCCACAGCUGACAUCAUCCCUGUAGAUUUCACUGCCAAGAUGAUGAUAGCGACGGCUUGGUACACCGUGGUACAUAAACCAGAAAAUUUGAGUGUUUAUCACUGCACAACCGGACAGAUCAACCGUUUCACAUGGGGCCAGAUGGAGAGAAUGUCGUACAGCUUUAUGAUGAAGAACCCAGUCAAUACUGUUGCCAGAGUUCCUAACCCCAGAUUUACAAAGAAUGCUAUCUGGCAUGAUCUGAAUGUAGUGUUUGAUCACCUCAUCCCAGCCUACCUAAUGGACUUCUACAUGUGGAUCUCAGGCAAACGACCUAUCUUUGUAAAGAUCCAGGAGAGGUUGAGAAAAUCUGUGGCAAGUCUGGACUACUUCACAUCGCAGGAAUGGAACUUCAACAAUGCUGGUCUUUACAAAAUCCUAGAGGUCAUGACCCCAGAGGACAAAAAGGAUUUCAACUUUGAUCCAAAGAUGAUCAAUUGGGCAGAAUACAUGGAGGCUUACUGCUUGGGUACCAAGAGGUUUGUCAUGAAAGAGGAACUAGAGGAGCUACCAAAGGCUAGGAACACCCUCAAAAAGUUACAAAGAAUCAAUAUGGCAUCCAAUGUGAUUCUGAUUAUCGUCAUAUGGCGCCUUCUGUACAACAGAGUGCCCAUCGCCAAAUCACUGUGGAAUUUCCUUAUUGGCUGGGCCAUCAAGAUCUUCAGACGUCUUCCAGCAAUGAUCAAGUCCUCAUAGCGGUCAGCAUGGUCAGUUGUAAUGGUCAAGUCUUUGUAAAGGUCAGAAAGUGAAUACAAGACAAUGAAAUAUUAGCAGAUCUCGUAAAAAAAAAAAAAAGCUUACGAUCAAAGUUACAGAAGACCCUUAAUAGAGGUCACAUGGUCAUCUACAGAUAUGUUAUGAAUAAUCAGACAUUUUGUAUCCAAUAUAUGUAAUAAGAAAACCAAAGAUCAAAGUUCUAGAAGAACCCGAAAAGAGGUUGUAUGGUUAUAUAAAGAAGCUUUGUAAUCAACCAGUUGUUUAAAAUUUAACAUUUUCAAUAAUUGUCACCUGACCUCAUUAACUUGGUAAAAUCCAAUGUAGAACCUUUAUUAAUAUAUAGUUUUGAUCAUUUGAGGAGCCAGUCCAUGUUAUGGGUUAAAUAUUUAAGUUUACCUGUCACACUUGUGGCUAAUUGUGGUAUUUUAUUUUAGAGUUAUGUCCCCUUGAUCAAAUGCUUAUAGACAUUAUAAAUCCCAAUUCGAUCAAGUUAAUUUGUUUCAGAGUUAUGUCCCCUUAAUUAAAUACUUGAAGAUAUAGCCCAAUACACACAAUUCAAAUCUGACAAGGUAAACAAAUUCUGUUAAUAAUUGCACUGAGUUGUGAGUUAUAAGAUAUUUUAGGUUAUUCCCCCCUUUUCCAAAUUCUUUAAAUAAAAUAUAUAUGCCUCAAAGAUCGACGAAUCGAUAGUUAUAAACCCUACUUAACUACAAAAUCAGGCUACAAAUACUUUAUUACUGAUUACAUAUACAACUAAAUGAAUAAUGACUAAUUGAUAUACAGAAUACAAUAUUAGCUCUGUGAUAAUCAUCUAGGGUUUUCAUUGUGCCAGUUUUUUUUUUGUAAUGUCAUUUUUAUUAAUGAAAAUCAUUUAAAGAUGAGGAGCUUUAUUUAUAUCAAUCUCCAUGUAAUGUUUCUUGUAUUUGUAAGUGUUUCCAUUUUCAUGCACUUGACAGGCUGGGCCUCAGUUAUGUUUGUUAGGAUAAUGAAUAAAUUUACUUACUAUACAUCCUGUAACUAGUGAAAAUUUUAAAAUGAAAUAACAAGAAUUGUUGCUCUUGGCUUAUUUUUUCACCAUAAUGUUCAUGAUAUUUAGAAAAAACUUGAGUUAAGCGUAUUUUGGAAGGCUGAAAUUAUAUAUAGAGUAAUGAUUCUGAGUGCAUUGUCUAUGCUAAAGUUAUAAACAGUUUUAAUCUCUUUUCAUUUAAAAAAUGCAAAGAUUCUUACCAAAUUAAUUUUUUUCCUUAAAAAAUAUAAAUACUGUAGUAUUUAAAGAUAAAUCUUCUAAAAAUAGCUUUCAGACUGAUUCCCUAAGGACCUGAUUUGAUUAUUUCUUUAUUUGUACUUGUAUUUUAUAUGUAUUUACAUUAUGUGCAAUUGCAAGUAUGUGAAAUGUUCUUUAAUAUUUUGCUUUAACCCUUUCGGCGCCAAUUAUCUCUUACAAUGUACAGCUCAGCACCAAAUAUAUUACGGAAAAUAUCCGAAAACAUCGGAAAAAUUGUUAACCAAAGUCGCCUAUGGUGGCCUGUCUGCAUGUCGACUUUAGUCGCCUACAGUGCCGAAAGGGUUAAAACUAUAUGGUUUAUAUGUAUUAGUUUUCUGACAAUUAUGAUAAAAUUGUGCUCUUUUUAUCUUAUUGAUUGUGAAGAUUCUGUGAUUACUUAAGAAAUACCAUUAAUUUUUCUAGUACUUAUAUCAGAUUUGUAUAAAAUACUUAUUUAUUAGAUUUCUUUGAAAGGACUAACAGUUAUCAUUCAUCAAUAAAGCUUUUUACACUAUUUACCUAGAAGCUUUAGACUCCAGGUAGGGAGAGGACUUAUCGCUGGAUAUUGACAAGAAAUCGGUUGUCCACCCAUUGUGUUGCUGUAUUGAAAUCAAUGUCAGUUCAUAUUUAGAGUUAUCCAUUUCACCAUGUCAGUUAAAACAAACACUGAUUUUGACAGAAGAUAGUGUAUAUUUAUCUAGUCUGUGUAAAUGUCCUGGUAUUGUAGCAGGUUAUCCGUCUUGUUCAAGCGCAUUGUGUGAAUUUUCUUUCAUGCUUAUAUGUUGUGAUUUUCAAAGUUGAUACAAAAGCUGAUCUGUGCUUAUUGAAAAGUGUUUUGUUUUUCACAUAAUUUACAUUUUACAAUUUUGAUACGAUCUUGUUACAUGUUUUAACGGGUUAUAAAGAAAUAUUUGAUACAAUAUUUAAAGAUAUAUUUAUUCUAAAUCAGUUCAACGUUUUACUUUUGGUCAGUAACAACACGAGGAACAUUGAAAUAAAAUUCUUUGGUAUAUUUCCACAAUUUGUUGACCAGUAUGGCAUUGUAUAGGGGCUAGACAAUAUAUUGAACUAGAUUUUGAAGAUAAUGUGACCCUUAACAUUAUACAUAAGCCAUCUGAAUUAAAUUUGAAGACUUCUUUAAAGAAUUAUCAUAUGAAAAUUUGAUAUACAAGUUUUUUUUCCCUGAAAAAAUAAGUGUAUACUAAGAAAGUGAAUGUCAUAUUAAAGAAAUUAGUAUCUUAAAGCUAUUAAUUUCUAUAUAGAAAAAGUUUGGGAAAGAUUGUUUUUUAUCUAUUAAAUUGAAAAAGUUGUGCCAUGACCUAUGCAACACCAAAUAUUCAGUUAGUUUUGCUAUUUGUUGUAUUAUUUACAAAGGGUCCGUUAGUUUUGCUAUUUGUAUUAUUUACAAAGGGUAGGGUUGUGACCGUGGUUGACCUGGGCAAUGAUAGACAGAAGUGGUGGAAAUAGGUUUUAUUUCUGUUACUGUACAUGUAUUUUCUUGUUCAUGUAUUGUACCACUUUUAAUGUCUUUCAGAAAAAUUUGAUGUUGUGAUAAUAAAGUGAUUUUUUUUUCAGGACAAAGAAAAUAAAAAUAAUCAAAAAACA